AUGUCGGAAAACAGGAUGGAAAACAUGUAUGAUAUGCUGAACAUAUUGGAUGAGAGGUAUCUAAAACUUAUUAAUGCUGCCAAUGCAUUGUGGAAAGCACAGUGCAGACAAAGUGGGGUAAACAGUGAGGCUUGGAAAUUUCAGGGUGAACAAUGCUUUGAGGAGAUUGCUCCUUGCAGAUACAUCAAGAAGCAGAACAUCGGAUUUAACGGGAAGGAAGUGAUUGAGCUGCAAUCGGGCAAUGGAAUGGUGGGGGUAUUAGCCGCGUUGCUUGGUGGAAAUGUUACCACAACAGAUCAACUAAACUUUCUGGAGCAAAUACAAAACAAUGUCUCCAUUAACAUUUCCCGUGUCUGCAGACAACGUAUAAAAGUUCGCGCUCUGAGAUGGGGCGAAGAUCAUUCUAACUUCCCUACGGAUUAUGACUUCAUCCUUGGUUGGAAUAUUGUCCUUCCCUCAGCUACCCACGGCAAGUUAAUAAAAACGUUGUGCCAUAUCGCCAAACAAACGACUGCAAUGUACUUCUCAGGUCAAUUACGACAAGAGAGCACAGGCGCAUUUUUCUUCGAAGAGCUUCUACCUCGGUUUUUUAAUUGCGACAUCGUUGACAGCAUGGAGGACAAGGAUAUCUUCGUGUACAAAAUAAUCAGAAAGGGGACACACCCCGGGAUGGGCUCCCAACAUUAA